AUGACGACAGAAGGAAUCGUCAUGGACACAAGCGCCACUCAUGGCUUGACCCAAGAGGAAGCUGAGGAUAUGGCCAAUGUUAACCAGGACGCUUCCCCCCUUCUCAACCUUGCCGCCGAACUGCGUGAAGCGAUCUUCAUCGACGUCCUCGAAGGCCAUAGGAUUAAUGUGGAAACCGCCUUUGGAACAGCCCUGCCGAAGCUCACCUACCGAGAGCCACCAUCUGGACCCCGAGCGGGCGCGUUCCAUAGGAUCUUCCUCGAGGACUACCACCACAUGUUCGGAGUCCUCACGCCACUCACACGUACUUCGCGUCAACUGCGCUCCGAGACAGUUUACCUUUCCUUCUCCACCCACACCUUCUGCUUCCGCCUGCCCGACCUCAAGGAGCUGAUCCCACUGCUUCCCGAAGUUGGCCGAAAGUGGCUCAUGAAGAUGCGUCUCAUCAUCUCGCCUUCGCCCGAUGGAGCGGACCCUGCUGGGCUCCCAGAGUGGUACGUCGCCUUGAACCGCCUGUUCAGGUUGAAGGCCGUAGAUAUCUCAUACUCUGGCAUGACUUGCGACCCCAACCCCGCCGCGACCCUGGCCGUAAUCAAGGCGAGGAUCCGAAGGCAUGGCGGCAGUAAGGUUGAAGUGACAGAUGACAACUGA